GUUUUUCUCUAAUCAUAUGUUGUGUCAGCAAAUUUUUUCUCGGCUACCACUUUGACCUCACAAACCUUACAAAAUAAAACACUUCCAUCGGUAGAAAAAAUUGAUUCUCCAUAUUAUUGAAUGCAAACGACAAACAUCUGAAGUAUUGGCCUUAGGCAUUUUCAAAAACUUCGUGGAACAAAUAAAACUAAAAUAAACAAAUCUACAAAAAUUACUCGAAUAUGUUAACGAUGAGGUUAAUGUCGCCCGUCGCCAUUGGAUAUUAACUUAAUUUAUUUGUUUAUAACUAUACACACUUUUAAACCGCAACGAUGUACAAGUGAAAAAUUACCACAUAUAUAGAUAUGUUUUAAAAAAUUUUAACUCGAAAACAAAAUUUAAACAUGAACACCAACGGAAGAGGAAUCGUAACGCCAAACAUCGUGUUUGCGGCAGGGGAAGGUUUUGUGAUCAUAUCGCAGGCGACUGGAAUCACUCUGAUGCUAUUUUGUCUGUGCACCAGGCACGACGCGUCCGUGAUAUCGUUGAUCUCUAGGAACGUUUGGUCGUUCGCCAAGAACGCGGUACCCUACGCGAUUAACACGCUGUUGUGCUGGUAUCUGUCGGUGAUGUUCACGAGAAUCAUGGCGUCGAACGACCCGAUAAUGGGGUUUACGUCCGAGCAUUACAUCGCGUCCAAGGUGGCAUUGAACCUCGUGGCGUUCGUCGCUAAAUAUUACAUUCACAAGGUGCAAUCGAUCACCAUGAAAAUCGCGCUGUUUGUUGGCUACCUAAUUCUGAUCGCCACGUCCGAGGCCAUGUGCAACAAGACGCCAGAUCUGAUAACUUCCAAUACCACCGCUGUGAUUCUGUUGUCUUGGCUGAGCGUUCUGAUAUUGGUGGCACCGAUUGACAUCUUUCAACAAUUAUUACUGUCCACAUCGCUGAGCUGGAGGAGAUGUUCAUUGGUGUACGGGCUGACGACCGGAAUGUGUCAGUAUUGGUACAGAACCAUGGUCGGUAAAGACGCGGCGCCGGCGUUCGAUGCGUUUCUCUUGGUGCUAGUGGUCCACGUGCAACUCGUAUGUCUGUGCGUCACAUAUUUUUCAGAAGGCCAAAGAAUGCUGAGGAACAUCGUCGGCGAGGGCGUGUACAAUCCAAUGGCUGAUUCUUUGGAAAUGUACUCCACUGUUGAAUCGAUAAUGCAGCAAUUUACGACGUACGUUAAUUGUACGUUGACCACGUGAACUUAUAUCAACUAUUCACACAAACAAUUUAAACUGCCAAGACGAGAAACUGAACGUUGAAAUUCCGUCUCGCAACAGUUCAAGCCGGAAAACAUGGAUUUUUAAAAAUUCUUUCUAUGCAUACUAAUAUGUCGCAUCCGCGCAUAAUUAGUUCACAGAAUUAGGAUUUUCUGCUUGACU